AUGACUUGUGAAAUGCAAUUAGCUGGACGGAAGAAUGCCCAACAGAUCCACGACGCUGAAGUCACCAAAUUCGGAUUAACCGGCAGAAGGCCUGUAUCUGUGAUGUACGUCAAUCCCAAUACCAAAGCGACCGGGACUCUAUAUCCAAAGGAGAUCAUUUGGGCUGCGGGUACCCUGAACAGCCCCAAGGGACGUUACUCAAUCCAAGCCUUGUGCCCGUGGACAAGAGGCUUUGGUCUAAUAUUUAUCGUUUCAGCUCCUGAUGCUCUCUGGGGUUGGCCCAGAAGCGCACCUGAAGUCCUUGAGGACCCCUGUGGUGGCCGAUAUCCCUCAGAUCGGUCAGAACCUGUGAGCGAGCCUAUAUCGAACCAUUUGACUCUUCAUCAGGCGCUAACCAAGGAAUAG